UUCUGAUUUCACACAGGCUUGACAGCGUCUCUUUCUUCUCAGUGAUCCUAGACACAGAAGACGACAGGAAGAUGUCUUACUGAGAAAGACCCCCUUCAAUUUGACCAUGAGUCAAACAAGGAAGCAAAAUUCCUCAAAUGGAGAAACUAAACCCCGGACUUCAUUUGUCAACAAAUUCUUCAGGGGCUCAAAACUCACGUCCUCCAAAACUGGGAGCAGAAAAGAAACCAAUGACAUUGAAACUACCGAUUUCCAACCCAGCAACGACGCAAAGGAAACGACCACCUUAGAUACUGCUAAGCCUCUCACCCCAGACACCUCGUCGGGAUCCAGGAUGGAGAAGAGCGAGCACUUGCCGCCCCAGCUGGGCCCGACGGCCGUGGACCAGAGUCUCGAUCUGAAUAACCGCGGACUGACGCCCGGGGACGUGAGGGCAGUGGUUGCCAUGCUGCCUCUUCUCCCAGACUUGGAAACACUGGAUAUUUCCUGGAAUGAUUUUGUCGGCGGAACCCUCCGUUCAAUCACCCAGCAAAUGCAUCUUGUCAGCAAGCUAAAAAUCCUGAGGCUGGGAAGUUGCAGACUUACCACUGAUGAUGUUCGAGCCCUGGGAGAAGCACUCGAGGCAAUACCUGAACUGGAGGAGCUGAGCUUGUCCUGGAACAGUAGGGUGGGAGGAAACUUGCCUCUGAUCCUCCAGAAGUUCCAAAAAGGGAGUAGAAUACACACGCUUGAGCUUGUGGAUUGUGACCUCACAUCAGAAGAUGGGACCUUUGUGGGUGACUUGCUGCCCAUGAUGCAAAAUCUCGAAGUACUUGAUCUUUCCAUUAACAGAAACAUCGGUGCCAGUCUGAACAGUAUUGCUCAGGGGUUAAGAAGUACCUCAAAUCUGAAAGUACUGAAGUUGCAUUCAUGUGGAUUAUCACAAGACAGUGUCCGACUAUUGGAUGCUGCUUUUCGGUACUUGUGUGAACUGAAGAACUUAGACCUUUCCUGCAACAAGGAGCUGGGUGGAGGUUUUGAAGACUCCUCAGCUCAGCUGGCCACGCUGGAGCAUCUAGAAGUCCUGGAUCUUCACCAGUGCUCGCUAACGGCCGCCGACGUGGCGUCUCUGACCCAGGUAAUCCCUUUACUGUCGAGACUUCAAGAGUUGGAUUUAUCUGCCAACAGAAAGAUGGGCAGCUCUUCUGAAAACCUACUCAGCCGACUCCGAUUCUUGCCGGCCCUGAGGUCCUUACUGGUCAACGGUUGUGCUUUGGAGAGCGAGACCUUCACCGCCCUGGCAUCGGUGAUACAGGCGGGUCAUCUGGCCAAGCUGCAGAAGCUCGACCUGAGCUAUAACGACAGCAUCUGUGAUGCAGGAUGGGCCAUCUUCUGCCAAAACGUGGGGUUCCUCAAAGAGCUAAGCGAGCUGGAUAUCAGCCUUCGGCCCUCAACCUCCCGGGAUUGCGGACGCUGGUUUAGACACUUGUUACAUGCUGUCGCCAAACUUUCCAAGAUCACUGAGAUAGGCCUGAAAAGAUGGAUCCUCCCCACCUCACAGGAGGAAGAACUAGAACAUUUUCAGCAAGAUCACAGAGGCAGCAUUCACUUUGACCUGGGCGAGGGUCAGUAGGGUGGCCUCCCAAGGCGUCACUACGCUAUAGGAAAAAACAUGAAUGAGAUGCAUUCAUUCAGUGUAAUCAGAGUGUCAGCUUCUGGGCUGUUUGGUUGGCCCCAUGUUACAAAAGCGUUGUAAAGGGACGCCUGGGUGGCUCAGUGGUUGAGUGUCUGCCUUUGACUCAGGGUGUGAUCCUGCAGUCCUGGGAUCGAGUCCCACAUCAGGCUCCCUGCAUAGAGCCUCCUUCUUCCUCUGCCUGUGUCUCUGCCUCUCUCUCUGUAUCUCUCAUGAACAAGUAAAUAAAAUCUUAAAAAAAAAAAGUGUUGUAAAUAUGUAUCUAGUAAUCUAAGCACGAUUUUACUCUCUAAUGACAAGGAUGCCCUGCCUCCAUGGACUUCCAUUUAUUUUGGAUGUAUAGUUCACUCACCGUGUAGAAGGCCUGCCAAAAAUGUUUAGAUUUUGGUAAUACGUUUCCUUUUUUUUCUUGCCCUGGAAUUUUCUGCCUCUUUUUUCCUACAUGAUAAAUGUUCUAAAUAUAAGUGUGAGUGAGUGUGUAUGUGUGUGAAAUUCUAAUGUGAAAGGCACUAGCUAUGACAGUUUCACACUAUCUUUACUAUUAUAUGUGUCUUAAUAUGAUCUAUGUGCAUUUGUAGCAGCAAGCAUACCUUUCCACGGUUUAUUGUUUUAUGUUCUGGUGCUUUUUAUCUGAGAUAUAAACCAUGAACACUAGAAAUGGUCACAGAUAUCUGCAUCUUGGUAAAAAAAGUGGUCAAAAAUAUUGAAACCCAGUAUCAAAAACACAUCUUAUUAAAAUAAAGUAAAAUUUCUAUUAUUAAAAUAAGGGAACAUUACCCUCUGGGCAUUUUUUUGGCAUGGAAUAUUCUCUGUAAAACCUAUCUGAUUUAUUAAGGUCUUUGUCUUGCUCUAAGUGAUUUUAGAAAUUUUGGGUUAUCUGUUGCAGGAGCAUGAAACUCAUUGCACAGCAGAAAUGUUUGCUCACACAUUUCUAUUCUUUUUUUUUUUUUACACAUUUCUAUUCUGACACACUUUGGGCAAAUUAUGUUUGGUUUCUUGUUGCUACACUGGUAAUUUAUAUUGCAAUCGUUGCUUGAACGAUACGUAGGAUUUGAAAUUAAUAUUACUCCAAAAGAAGGUCAUCAGGAUGAGGAACUUUUGGGUCAUGUAGAUGGGGUUGUUUUAGGGAAUUGUGGUAUUCUUCAUUCUCUGGGCAUUCCCAUGAAUUCCAUGAGCACCUAUGCUCUUGUGUUUAUAUGACAUAGGCAAAAUCUAUGAACAACUAACCAAAAACCAGAAACAGACCAAUAUCCUUCAGUGGGUGAAUGAUUAAACUAUGGAACUAGGCAAUACUGCUCAGCAACAAAUUGAUGCAUGUGACAAUGUGGAUGGACUUUGAGUUAUGCUGAGUUAAAAAGCCAAUCCCCAAAGGCUACACAUAUUAGAUUCCAUUUAUAUGACUUCCCUGAAAUAACGAAAUUAUAGAGCUGGGGAAAAAAGGUUAGGGACCGGGAGAUGGGGUAGAUGGUAGGUGUGACUAAAAGGAGUAGCACAGGGAGACUUGCGUUGGUUACGUAAAGCUACAUGUGGCAAAACUGCAUUGAACUACACACACACACACACACAAAGUGUUCCUACAACUGAUGGGAUCUGAAAAAGCCCAGUCGAUGGCACCAAUGUAAAUUUUCUGGUUUUGGUAUUGUCUUAGAGUCAUGCAAGAUGUCAACGCUGAGGGAGAGCGAAGGGUGCACGAACCUCCCUGUCCAUUUCUUUGGAUAUUUUUGUGAGUCUCUAUUUCAAAAUGUAAAGUUUUCGGGGUACCUGGCUGGCUCAGUCAGAAGAGCAUAGGAGUCUUGAUCUCGGGGUCAUGAGGUCAAGCCUCACGUUGGUGGUAGAGGUUACUAAAAUAAAGUUUUAAAGUAGACAGGAUCAACCUCCACUUACCUAUCACAGGCAUCUACAAUUUUCAACUCAUGGCCCGUCUUGUUUCAUUUGGGUCCCUCACACUUACCUCUCCCUGAUAUUUUUCUGCCACUGUUCCCAGGUAUCGUAUCAUUUUAGCCGUAAAGAGUUCAUUCAAUAAAGUAAGAGUCUUUAUUUUUAGACAUAAUCAUGAUUCUAUGAAUAAUUUCAGCGUGGUAGGCAUCUUCACUCCUACAUAUUUUGCCUUCUUAAUCCAACAGGGUUCAUUAUCUCAAUUCAUUACAGAAUUAUCUCUUUUUUUUCUUUACAGGUUUUCCUUUUGCAUCUUUUUCCCCUUUCUUAUCUUUUGGAGAAUUCUUUCCUUUCUUUAGCAGUCUUUGCAGUUCUUCAAAUAUCCCCAGUCCUUUCCGGACCAUUGUUCCACGCCACCACGCCUGAAUCUGAAGACAAGAU